GCAGCAUCUUCAUGUGGGUGCAUGCUGUUUAAUUGAGUUUCCCAACAUACUUAAAUACCGACGGCCCCCUUCGCCCUACCGCCCCUCCACUCCUCUAUCUCUGAUAUUUUUUCUAUUCCUUUAUACCCAGUCAAACCAUGCCUCCAUCACCCAAGGUUUUAAUUAUCGGCGCAGGUAUCGGUGGCAUCACACUUGCGCUCCUGCUCGAAAGAAUCGGGAUCGAUUAUGAAGUCUUUGAGAGAGCAAAGUGCGUCAAGCCCUUAGGUGCCGCAAUGAGUAUUGGCCCUAACAUCCUGCCUGUGUUUGAGCAGCUUGGACUGAUUGACGAGAUCAUGAAGGUCUCGCUCCCAGCAACGACUAUGGAGGUCUACAAAGAGAACAUGGAACUCAUUGGAAGAACGGACAAUACCGCAUUCAUAAAACAGAGGAGUGGAUACGAUCCUAUCAUGUUCAGUCGUCCGGACGUGCACAAUCUCUUGCUGUCCAAGGUUCCUGCUAGCAAAAUCCAUUAUAGCAAACGAGUACUGUCGGUCGGACAGAGUGAUACCGGGGUUCUCAUUCGAUGCACAGACGGUCAGACACACGAAGGAGAUAUCCUCAUUGGAGCCGACGGCGCAUACAGUGCGGUGCGACAGAGUUUGUAUGACCGGCUGCAGAAGGACGGGAUGUUGCCCGCUAGCGAUUCACAGUCGCUUAACCUUGGAUACUCUUGUAUGGUGGGAACAACACUCCCACAAGAUCCUGAAAAGUACCCUAUUCUGAAGGAUAAUCAUGCGCACUUUGCUGUCGUUGUUGCAGAUGGUAAACCCCAUUCUUGGACUAUCAUCUCAGUGCCAGGAAACAGAAUAUGCUUUGGGAUUGUGAUCCAAUUAAAGGGCGAGGAGAAAGAUGAGACGUUCCGGAACUCAGAAUGGGGACCGGAGUCGAUCGACUCCAUGGUAGCUCAGGUUGCGCACCACAAGAUCCCUUUUGGCGGCACACUCGGCGACCUGAUCAAUGCUACGCCCAAGGAACUCAUAUCAAAGACUCACUUGGAGGAGAAAUUGUUUGAGACUUGGACCCAUAAGCGUAUCGCGCUUAUUGGCGAUGCGUGCCACAAAAUGUUACCAAGCGCUGGUCAAGGUGCUAUUAACGCGAUGCAAGACGCCGUAAUCGUCGCCAACUGUCUCUACGACCUUAAAUCCUUGUCACAAAAACACAUUGCCGCUGCUUUGGAGGACUACAAAGCCCAGCGCUAUGGCCAAGCGAAGAAGCAAGUCCAGAUCAGCAACAUGGUUGGAAGGGUCCUCUAUGGUCAAACGUGGUUCGAGAAGUUCAUGCGCAAGGCAGUCUUCAACUGGCUACCCAGGAGCUUUGAAGAAAGUAGCUUCAUAAAAUCCGUAGAAUAUAGACCACAGGCAACGUUCCUACCGUUCGUCGACAACCCAGCCAAGCUGCCUAUUUUGCCGCAGAAAAUGUCGAAGCGGUAUGCGGAGGAGCAGAAGCUGAAAAAGGAGAAGGACGCGGAAAGCACGCCCGUAGUAGACGCAGUAUGAUAGUACGCAUUGAUAUCCAUUAAAGGAUUAGUAAAUUAGUAAAGAC